ACUUUCCCAAAGUGCUCCGCGCUGCUGUCAUGGCGGCCCCCUAGGCGGUCUCCACACAUGGGAUUCUAGGGCUGUACGCGUACUCGCAGGACUGUCUCUGGAGACCUCCUUUCACCAUCUUCGGCAAACAGUGUCCCGUUGACGCCCGUAGGGACCCGUGCUGGCCGCAGCUUUGCCGGGGGUGAUGUGGACCCCGGAGCUGGCAGUCUUGAGGGGCUUCCCCACUGAGGCAGAGCGGCAGCAGUGGACGCAGGAGGGAGGCCCCGGCUCAGAAAGUGUAUCCUUCCUACAAUUUCUACUGGACGGGAACUAUGAGGCCAUCUUCUUAAGUUCAGUGACUCAAAAUAUUUUUAAUUCAGCGAUGAUGACUGAAGAAAAGAUGGACACCUACCUAGAGAAGCAGAUAAUAACUUUCCUGAAUUCCUCCACAGACUUUGACACAACUGAAAGACAGCAGCUGGUCUUCCUGCUUGGUGUGAGCAGCUUGCAGCUUUUUGUUCAGAGUAACUGGACGGGGCCACCGGUUGAUUUACAACCUCAGGAUUUUUUGCCAUCUGCUGUGCUGCAGCAAUUCAGUGAGGCCAAAGGACUGGAUGCAGUUGUUCUAAAUCUGCUUGUGUUAGAUGGUGAGUCAGUCUACAGCCUGACCUCACAGCCUCUACUGCUGCUGUUAGCACGAGUCAUCCUGGUGCACGUGGGGCCUAAGCUGACAGCUAUUCAGAGCCUGCCGUGGUGGACGCUGCGCUGUGGGAAUGUCCACCAGCAGCUGCUGGAGGAGCGCUCCCCUCAGCUCUGUGCCCUGGCUGAAGGCUGCAUCGAGCAAGUGAGGAAACUGGAAAAUCUGUUUAUAGCCAAAUCUGGUGCCUACUUGGCUGUUCAGUUCCAUCUGGAAUGUGCAUAUACAUUUUUGUAUUACUAUGAAUACAAAAAAGCAAAAGAUGAGUUCCAUAUUGCUAAAGACAUUAGCAAAUUACAAAUUGAUAUGACAGGGGCUUUGGGAAAAAGGACACGGUUUCAGGAAAAUUAUGUGGCACAACUUAUUUUAGAUGUGAAAAGGGAAGAGGAAGUGCUUUCAGAAUGUGAAUUCAGCCCAGCACCUACACCUCAGGACCUUUUAACCAGGAAUCUUGAGCUCAAUGAUGACACCGUUCUUAAUGAGAUCAAGCUAGCGGAUGGUGAGCAGUUUCAGAUGCCUGACCUCUGUGCUGAAGAGCUUGCUGUCAUCCUGGGAGAAUGCACAAAUUUCCAGAAGAACAAUCCAGUGCACAAGCUAACUGAAGAGGAGCUGCUGGCAUUCACAGCGUGUUUGCUUACACAGCCGAAGUUCUGGGCCAUUCAGACGUCAGCCUUGAUCCUGCGGACGAAGCUUGAGAGAGGAAGUGCACGCCGGGUGGACCGGGCCAUGAGGCAGACGCAGGCUCUGGCAGACCAGUUUGAAGACAAGACGACCCCAGUCCUGGAGCGGAUGAAGAUCUUCUACUGCUGCCAAGUGCCCCCUCACUGGGCUGUGCAGCGCCAGCUGGCAAGUCUGCUCUUUGAGUUGGGCUGCACCAGUUCAGCCCUUCAGAUAUUUGAGAAGCUGGAGAUGUGGGAAGACGUUGUCAUCUGUUAUGAAAGAGCUGGGAAGCAUGGGAAGGCGGAAGAGAUCCUCCGGCAAGAGCUGGAGAAGCGGGAGACGCCGAGCCUGUACUGCCUGCUUGGUGAUGUGCUCCGGGAGCACCAGUACUAUGACAAGGCCUGGGAGCUGUCGGGGCACCGCAGUGCUCGUGCCCAGCGCGCCAAGGGCCUGCUGCACCUGCGCAGUCGCGAGCUCCCGGACUGUGUGCAAUGCUUCGAGCGCUCCGUGAGGAUCAACCCCAUGCAGCUCGGUGUGUGGUUCUCCCUGGGCUGCGCCUACCUGGCUCUGGAAGACUAUGGAGGCUCCGCUAGGGCGUUUCAACGUUGUGUGACCCUCGAGCCUGAUAAUGCUGAAGCUUGGAACAAUUUAUCAACUUCUUACAUCCGAUUAAAGCAAAAAGUAAAAGCUUUUAGAACUUUGCAAGAAGCCCUGAAGUGCAACUAUGAACACUGGCAGAUCUGGGAGAACUACCUUCUCACAAGCACUGAUGUGGGGGAAUUCUCAGAAGCCAUUAAAGCUUACCAUCGGCUCUUGGACCUGAGGGACAAAUACAAAGACAUUCAGAUCCUCACAAUUCUGGUCAAGGCGGUGACUGACGGGAUGACAGAUCGGAAUGGAGAGGUUGCCAGCAGCCUCAGGGCAAAGCUGCAAGAAUUGUUUGGCAGAGUGACCUCCAGAGUGACGAGUGAUGGUGCAGUCUGGAGGCUGUAUGCCCGAGUUCACGGCGACGGGCAGAGCGAGAAGCCUGAGGACAAUGAGAAGGCAUUCCAGUGUCUCUCUAAGGCAUACAAGUGUGAUACUCAGUCCAACUGCUGGGAGAGAGAUAUUACAUCAUUCAAGGAAGUGGUUCAGAGAGCCUUAGUUCUUGCUCAAGUGGCUGUCAAGUGCAGCAGGAGCAAAUCCAGCCCCCAGGAGGCCGUGCAAGUGCUUUCUUCAGUUCGACUCAAUUUACGGGGCCUGUUGUCUAAAGCAAAGCAACUCUUCACAGACACGACAAGUGGGUCCAUUUCUGCAGAGCUGGCCGAUGAAGUCGCGGCAAUGGACAGCUUAGUAUCUGAGCUCCAGGAUCUGAGCAACCAGUUCCAAAACCAGUACUGACCACCCAGCAGCUGCAGAAGGUGCUUCUGUCUCCUGAACGUGCUUUUAUACCUGUACAUCUAUAAUGCCAAACUGAUUUUUUAAAUAAAUGUCACUUAUGAUGG